AUGGAAAAUAUCCGACAGCCUCAGCACUCAAGUGAUGCAGUCACUAUCGAAUCGGGUUUGUUAUCGGGCAUUCAACAGCCUAAUAACACAAGAGCUUUUCUGGGAGUCCCUUACGCAGCGCCGCCUGUCGAAGAACUUCGCUGGCGGCCACCACAACCUCCAUCCUCGUGGGAGGGCGUCCGAGCUGCAGACAAAUUUGGACCUAGCUGCAUCCAAUUCGCACCACCGGCCACGUCCAUAUAUUCCGGUGGUGAGACAGAUUUCAGUGAAGAUUGUCUCUAUUUGAACAUCUACACCGGUCCAAAGGAUAGUCAGCAUAGACCUGUUCUUGUCUGGAUUCAUUUUGGUGCAUUUCUAUUCGGGUCCAGCUCCAAUCCGGUGUACGAUGGAAGCAAGCUAGCCGCCAAAGGAAUCACGGUGGUCACCGUGAACCAUCGCUUGGGUCGAUUCGGAUUUCUCGCACAUCCAGAACUCAGCACGGAGUCUGGAUACAAUGGAUCUGGAAACUACGGUAUCAUGGAUCAGAUUGCUGCGCUGGAGUGGGUGCAACGAAACAUCAAGGCGUUCGGUGGCGAUCCGCAGAACGUGACCAUUGGAGGAGCCUCGGCCGGUGGUGCCAGUACACAUAUUCUGCGCAGCACACCGCUGGCCAAGCACCUCUUUGCCAAAGUUAUUUGUGAGAGUGGACCAGGAGUUGCUCCCGCAAUUGAUGGUCCUGGCCAUGUGGCUGCCUACGUGACGUUGAAAGCUGCAGAAGAGGCCGGGCAAGAACUCUUGAAUCACGUUGGAGUCUCGUCGAUUGCGGAGUUGCGCAAGAUACCCGCCAAGCAAAUCACCUCUGUACACCUUCCCCGUAGCAAGGGGCCAUGGAAAGCCGACAUCUGGCCAGGCACCGCCGGUUUGAGUAUGUUUGACACGGCCAACCCGAAUCUGGACGGCCAUGUACUUCCUGAGUCACCCCUGUCGGCACUAGUAUCUGGCAGGGCAGUGGAUGUUCCCUUGCUUGCUGGCAAUGUCGGAAACGAAGCAUCUGGGUUGCCCUAUCUUCGUUCUCUAGUCGAUUACCACGAUUUCGUGAAGAAUUCCUUUGGGGAGCACUCUGAAGAGGCGCUUCGUUUGUAUCUCGCCAGCUCAGACUCCGAAGUACGCGCUGCAUCAUCGCAGAUCCUUGCGGAUCAAGUUUUCACCUACCCCACAUGGUCAGCCGCAAGAUUUUCCGCCAUGAAUCAGAAAUCGCCAGUGUGGUAUUAUAAUUUCAUGCGCGCACCUCCGAUCACUCCAGACGCAGACAUAAUCGAGAAAGCUGGAGCUGGCGCUUUUCACAUUGUUGGAAUACCUUACGGCUUUGAGACCCUAAAUGCGUGGCAUUGGGACUGGACCGAAGCUGAUUGGGCACUUUCAAAGCAGUUUUCUAAUUCUUGGGUUCAGUUUGUGAAAUACGGUAAUCCAAAUGGUGGCGAUAGUGAUCAGGAGUGGCAGCCCUUAACCUCAAGCAGUAGCUUGAUUAAACACUGGAAUAUCGAUACCCAUUUAGGGAUAGUAGCACCGCGCAUCUCAAAUAUUGCAGAGUUCUUUGACAAGGUGUACGGUGUUGCGAACCAAGUUGCUUUUUAA